AUGCUCCAACUCGGAAAUUCCUUCUUCUUUUCCAUGUCGUCGUCCUUUCUGACCAAGUUGCAACAUCACCAUCAUCAUCACCAUCACUUCUUGAGCACAUCCAUGAUGACUGUUGUUGCUCCACAAAAGAGAUUCUAUUCAAAAAAACUGAAUCCUUCUCCUCCUCUUCUUCCUGAAAUUACUUUUAAAACCAUUCAACCCGAAGAACACAUGUCGAGUAGUACAAGUAGUAGUACUUUUUCUUCUCAUCAACAACAUCACCAUGCCAUAUCCUCAUCAUCACCACCACUGGUCAUUUUACAUGGUCUUUUUGGAUCCUAUUUAAACUUUUCAACCUUUGCUAGACAUUACAGUAGUAAAUUUCGAACUCGUGUCUAUUUGGUGAAUUUAAGAAAUCAUUCAGAUCCUCAAAAUCAUUCACCAGAAAUGACUUUUACAUUGAUGGCUUCUGAUUUGGCGCAAUUCCUUCAAAAACAAGAAAUUUCAGAAUGUGAUUUAUUUGGAUUUAGUUUGGGCGGUAAAACAGCCAUGACUGCUUGCUUGAGUGAUGAAUUUAAACAAAGUGUUGCACAAAAAGUGAGAAAAUUAGUAGUGGGUGAUAUUAGUCCACUUCCAUUGAGAGAUUCUGAAUGGGAUAUUCCACAUGUGGUUCAAGCUCUUCUUCUUUUAGAUGAAAAAUUACCAGAAAUGAAAACUCGAAGUGAAGCAGAUGCAUUUCUUCAAACAUAUAUACCCAAUGUGGAAGUGAGAGGGUUUUUAUUAAGUAAUUUAAAGAGAAAUGAAAAUGAACCUCACAUUCGAAAAGGUGUUUUUGAUUGGAAAUUUAAUUUAAAAGCCAUUUCUUCUAAUUUACAUGAAAUUGCUGAUUUUCCAUACAAGACUCAACGCGUCUUUAAUGAAAUGGUUGAAUUAGGUCAAAAUUAUUCGAUUCGUAAUGAACCAUGGACAUCAUUUGAGAAAGAAACUCUCUUUUUGAAAGGUGGAAAGAGUAAUCUCAUCAAUACAAAGAGUCAUCGAACGAUGGAAACUAUCCAAACAUUCUUUCCAAAUUAUAAAUUAUUUGAAUUUGAAAAUUGUGGACAUUGGAUUCAUGCAGAGAAGUAUUCCUUAUUUGUGAAAGUGAUGGAAGAAUUUUUAGUGAAUGAUCAUUCUGAGAAAUAA